GACCUUUCUGUCUGUUGCUGAACCAUUCUUCUGAAAGUGACCAGCACAGUGGUGUUAGAAAUCGAUGACGGAAGGUCAGCGACACAGUCCGACUUAAGAGGUGUAGCGCCUGAAGCUGAGAAGGGGAUCCCGCGUGGUCACGGGAGUCGAAUUUCAGUCCUCAACUUGUCUUCCUGCGUGGUGGACAUAAUUAGCUAAAGAGCCGGCCGUGAGUCACCCGCCAACGUCGUAGUCGUCUGUGAGUUCACUGAGGGUUUCCAUGGAUUCGAACUAGUCAGCAACGGGAUUGUGGAAGUGUAGCACGCGUGCAAAGUCUGAUGUUAAAGUUACUGAUCGUUGAAGAGUGUCCUGCGAUAAAUUGAGAUUUCUCAAGUGAUCCACAUGCGGUUGUGAGUGUUUCGUUUUCAGAAAAGUUACUAAUUGAUUCAGAUCCUCCCAACACCGUAAGGUACAAAAAGAUCGUUGACUGGUAAAGCUGAGUCCGUGCUUCUUUAGUCCUCGGCAGCUCGAUGAUCGUCCGGUGGCUGAAAAUGGUUCGACCCGCCGGUUGGUUGCUGCUGUCGGUGUUACUGGUUGCCAUUUGCCUCGAAACGGCUGGCGGUUGGCGAUAUGAUAGACUGCCCAGACUGUAUGGAGACAAGCUGCCGACGAAAGCCAUUUCGCCCCGGUUGCGCAAAGUUCAAAGGCGAAUCGUGAUGCUACACGAUUCCUAUCGCUCCAAGGUGGUACCACCGGCCGCGAAUAUGCUAAACAUGAAAUGGCACCAUGGUGCGGCACGAUCGGCACAGAAGUGGGCAAACCAGUGCCGGCUGUUGACCCACGACACUCCCAAGGGACGCUGGAUUGACAGCUACGGAGCCUGCGGUCAGAACAUCUUCGUCUCAACGCAUCGUGUCCCGUGGUUGUUUGCAUUGCGGACGUGGUUUUUGGAGCGACAGAACUUCACGUACGGCUCGACGCGCAACGAUCUGGUAGCCGUCGGUCACUACACGCAGAUGGUGUGGGCCGCCACGCAUAAGGUCGGAUGCGGGCUCACCAAGUGUCCCAAGGGUGGACCACGAGGGAAACCGUUCUACAACUACGUCUGCAACUACUGCCCCAUAGGAAAUCACGAAGAGAAGCUGGGCUUGCCCUACAAACGGGGCCGACCGUGUGGUUCCUGCCAGUCACACUGCUUAUCGAGGAAAACCAGACUCUGCACCAACAUCUGCAGCACGGCUGAUCUGUGGGCGAACUGUCGCGAGCUGCACCGGACAUGGCCAGGCUGGCUGUGCAAUACGGCUACUCCGGAAGGCCUGGAACGCCAGCGUAACUGUGCGGCAACGUGCACCUGCCAGGGGAAGAUCCACGACUGAUAAACGGAACGAGAGGGGUUUGUCUCGCGAUUUUUUAUUUUAUAAAAACGAUCGCUAUGGGUUGGGUUUAAUGUAAAUUCUUUCCCUUACGAUAACAACAAGAUCGUUUUCCCGUUAUCGCGCGUUCAUCAACAUCAUUCGCUUUCUUUCAUAUUGCGGCGAACUUGCAUCAUGCAUCUUAUGCUCUAGUUUCUAGUUUCUGUGUCCAAAAACGAUUUAAAAAUAUUCGGCAUAAACAGGUGAUAAGGAGAGCUAAAAG